AGCCCCUCCCCCACUUUAGGGAGGGGACAAGGGCUAGCGAUUGAUUUUAAUCACCAGUGGCCAAUGAUUUAAUCAAUCGUGCCUUUGUAAUGAAACCCUGAGAAAAGUCCGUAAGCAGCAGGGGCCAGAUUGCUUCCAGGCUGGCCCGCGCAGGGCGUGGGAACUCCAUGCUUGCCCUACGCACCUCUCCCCUUGGCUGUUCUUGAGUGGUGUCCUUUAUCUGGAAAUAUCCAUUGAAGACUUGAACAAAUGGGCCCUCUUUCUUGUUUCUCCUUUUAUACUUGAAGCAGAGCACAUAGCAUUUGUGACGGAGAGCAUUUGGGUCCAAGGGGAGAAUUUACAGAGGCCAUCUUCCUCUUCAGACACAAUUGUAAGGUGGUCAGACUGUUGCCUGCCAUUAGCGUGCAGACCUGGGGAGCCUUACCGAUUAAUUGCUGAAGCAAGCGUGGACGAUUUCAGCAGGCUGGGCGUGGCGUUCAUGGAAGACAGACUCCAGAUGGAUAAUGGGCUCAUACCCCAAAAGAUUGUUUCGGUGCACUUGCAGGCCUUGACUCUGAAGGAUCUUAAGGAUCAGGCCUCAAACAAGCAAGCUCAAAUGCUGCAGCCGAACCCUGAACCUUCUCCUGAGAUUGAGCCCAAGCAGGACGUCAUGGAGCACGUUGGCAGAGAUGGCCCGAAGGUUCUUGGUGAAGAGCCCAAGCAGAGGAGAGGCAGUGCCUCUGGGAGUGAGCCUGCUGGGGACAGUGACAGGGGAGGGGGCUCUGUCGAGCAUUAUCACCUCCAUCUGUCUAGUUGCCAUGAGUGUUUGGAACUAGAGAAUAGCACCAUUGAGUCGGUCAGGUUUGCAUCUGCAGAGAACAUUCCAGAUCUUCCCUACGAUUACAGCAGCAGUUUGGAGAGCAUUGCUGAUGAGACCUGCCCUGACGGGGAAGGGAGGAGAGUCAACGUCACAGGAAAGGCACCCAACAUCCUAGUCUAUGUGGGCUCUGACUCCCAGGAAGCCCUUGGCCGGUUCCAGCAGGUGCGAUCUGUCCUGGCCGACUGUGUGGACACCGACAGUUACAUUCUCUACCACCUGCUGGAGGAAAGUGCGCUUGGAGACCCGUGGCCAGACAACUGUCUGUUGCUGGUCAUUGCCACCAGCGAGUCCAUUCCUGAAGAUCUGUACCAGAAGUUCAUGGCCUACCUGUCUCAGGGAGGGAAGGUGUUGGGCCUGUCUUCCUCUUUCACAUUUGGUGGCUUUCAGAUGACAAGCAAGGGUGUACUGCAGAAGACAGUCCAGAACUUGGUUUUCUCCAAGUCUGAUGGGAGUGAGGUGAAGCUUAAUAUCCUAAGCAGUGGCUACGUUUACAGGGAGGGCCCCGGAGAGCGGCUCAGCCUGGGUAAGCUCCAAGGCCACCUAGAGAAUGAGGACCAGGACAGGAUGAUCAUCCAAGUGCCUUUUGGGACAUGUGGAGGAGAAGCUGUUCUUUGCCAGGUGCACUUAGAACUACCUCCGAGCUCUGCCGUCGUGCAAACUCAAGAAGAUUUUAACUUGCUUAAGUCGAGCAAUAUUAGAAGAUACGAAGUCCUUAGAGAGAUUCUCACAACCCUUGGCCUAAGCUGUGAUAUGAAACAAGUUCCUGCCUUAACACCCCUUUACUUGCUGGCGGCCACGGAGGAAAUCUGGGAGCCCCUUAUGCAGUGGCUUGGGAAACAUGUGGGUCCUGAAGGAGAAAUAAAAUCCAGCAAGCUCUCUCUCAAAUUUGUUUCAUCCUGCACGUCUGAGAUAGAAAUAACCCCGUCCUCUAUACCUGUGGUCACUGACACGGAGGCCUUCUCAUCAGAAAAUUUUAACUUAGAGAUAUACCGGCAAAAUCUGCAGACCAAGCAAUUUGGAAAAAUAAUUCUGUUUGCCGAAGUGACACCCACGACCAUGAGUCUUCUGGAUGGGUUGAUGUUUGAGAUGCCACAGGAAAUGGGAUUAAUAGCGAUCGCAGUCCGGCAGACCCAGGGCAAAGGCCGGGGAAGGAACGCGUGGCUGAGCCCCGUGGGAUGCGCCAUCUCUACUCUGCUCAUCUCCAUCCCCCUGAGAUCCCAGCUGGGCCAGCGGAUUCCGUUUGUCCAGCAUCUGAUGUCCCUGGCUGUCGUGGAAGCUGUGAGGUCCAUCCCCGAGUACCAGGAUAUCAACUUGCGGGUGAAGUGGCCCAACGACAUUUAUUACAGUGACCUCAUGAAGAUCGGCGGGGUUCUGGUUAACUCAACGCUUAUGGGAGAGAUGUUUUACAUACUUAUCGGCUGUGGAUUCAAUGUGACCAACAGUAACCCUACCAUAUGCAUCAAUGACCUCGUCGCAGAGUACAACAAGCAACACAAGGCAGAACUGAAGCCCUUAAGAGCCGACUUUCUCAUCGCUAGAGCCGUGACCACGCUGGAGAGACUCAUCGACACCUUUCAGGACCAAGGGCCCAGCGGCGUUCUUCCCCUUUAUUAUAAAUAUUGGGUACACAGUGGUCAGCAGGUCCGUCUGGGAAGUGCCGAGGGCCCCGCGGCGUCCAUAGUGGGCCUGGACGACUCCGGCUUCCUGCAGGUUCACCAGGAGGGCGGCGAGGUCGUGACUGUGCACCCCGACGGCAACUCCUUCGACAUGCUGCGGAACCUCAUCCUCCCUAAGCGGCAGUAG